AUGGCGGAGGCAGAUCUAGCAGAGUUGAACGAGCAAUUCGGUGCGCCGAAUAAGGAACUACAACCCGAUGUCGUCUCUGAGCUGCGAUCCAUCAUGCGGAUACAUUCCCUAUCUGCUCAGGAUUUAUUUUUCAAGUGGGAGUCCUACUGCAUAAAAAUGGACAUGGACGGGAACAAUAUGUCCAUCGAAAGCUUACGAGCCCUCAAACAAGACAUUCAAGAUGCCUUGGAGCGAAGCAAUCGAACGCAUCAGGUCCAUAUUAAGACAGAAAAGCGCUCAGCUGGAACGCCGCGCAGCAAUGUUAAGAGUGGCGGGGAUGUCUACGGGAUGUUAGAGGGAAUGAUCCCCAGUACACCAGCUACGGCGAAGUUGAACAAGAGCGCCUCCAAAAAUGCCGCCAAGAGACGAAAUCAGCCCGAUACUCCCUCGAUGGCUCGGGAAUUGGAGUCUCUAAAUGUUAGCUCAGCAACUUCCUUUAAUGAUCGCCAAAACCCAGGGGAGGUAAUAGAGGUUCUUAAUAACCAUCUUAAACCCCCUGAGCCCCCAAUUGCACCUCAUUCAGAAUCGCGGAUCAAAUUGACCGCAGCUUCAGACAUGAAAAAACUAGGUUACAAAACGCUCGCUAUGAAAUCUUCUGAAGCAUCUGAGAUUCUAGACGACCGGAUAGACGAAUUUCUAGGAUUAAUAAGAGAUCACAAAAACAUAGACGAGAGCGAAUUCGGCAGUGCGGCCAGUCAAAGUACCACGGAAAUUGUUGCUGUAGGCCGAAUUGCGUCUGAUUCUUCGGAAGGCAAGCUCAAUGCAGCAUCUCUUGUUUUAGAGACUUCGAGACGGACCGGGGGCGGUAGAAGAAUCCCCCUGAACUUACAAAAGCUUAAUGGUCGCUAUCAGUUUUUCCCGGGACAGAUUGUCGCAUUCAGGGGUAUUAACUCAUCCGGGAAUGAAUUCGUUGUUCAAGAAGUACUGGAAAUGCCCCUAUUACCCAGCGCUGCAUCUACACCUGCCGGUAUCGAGGCUCACCGGGAGAAACUUCGGGGUGGCCCAGACGCAAUGGACUCGGGCGAUGAGCCGACACCGUUAAAUAUAAUAUUCGGUUCAGGUCCCUAUUCAGCUGAUGACAACCUCGACUUCGAGCCGCUUCACGCCCUCUGCAGCCAAGCGGCAGACACGUAUGCCGACGCCCUCGUCUUAACAGGACCGUUCAUCGACGUCGACCACCCUCUGGUUGCUACGGGUGACUUCGAUCUCCCGGAAGACGCGGCUGUAGACCCAGAUGCCGCAACAAUGUCUACAGUUUUCAAGUACAUGAUUUCUCCAGCCCUGAACCGACUUGUUGCAUCAAAUCCGACUAUCACCAUUUUGUUAGUACCGUCCGUGCGCGACGUUAUCGAGAAACACGUAUCCUGGCCCCAAGAUCCUUUCCCUAAAAAAGAAUUAGGGCUACCUAAGGCCGCACGUAUAAUCGGCAAUCCUAUGACUCUAUCCAUCAAUGAGAUGGUACUCGGAAUUUCGUCGCAGGAUAUCCUAUGGGGCCUACAGCAUGAGGAGCUUGUCGGUAGUCGGCCUCCAGACAACCACUUGUUCUCGAGAGCUCCUAAAUAUUUGAUCGAACAAAGGCAUUAUUUCCCUAUAUUCCCUCCAGUAGAUCGACAGAAGCUGCCCAAGGUCGGAACGGCAGAUGGACUUCCACCUGGUGCUAUGCUUGACACGAGCUAUUUAAAGUUGGGAGAGAUGGUAACGGUAAGGCCUGAUAUUAUGAUCAUUCCGAGUGCUUUACCUCCGUUUGCAAGGGUCGUAGAGAGCGUUGUAAUUAUCAACCCAGGAUACCUCUCGAAAAGGAGAGGCGCAGGGACAUACGCUCGGAUGACUCUGUUUCCACCGACGGUGACGGAAGAAGAGCUAAGUAAUGGAGGCAUGGUUAGUCACAAGUUAUUCGAAAGGGCUAAGAUUGAAAUUCUCCACAUCUACAACAUUAAAUCUACCCCAAGAACUUCCAACUUCCACCAGACCAAUAGCCGGACAAGAGCAAUGUCAAACCUCCAGCCCGUAAAGGGCAGCAGUAAAGACCAGCCGGGCCUACGGUACCCGACGAGUGGCAAGACAAUCUACCACCGACCGCUAAACCGUACCAAGGCCGCCGAACUCAGUGGCUCUAGCUUCGCCUACCUUUUCUCCGAAAUGGUAGGUUACGCCUCGAAGAAGAUAGAGAGUAUACAGGACCUAGAAAAGCGACUCAACGCCCAAGGUCACCCCAUCGGCCUCAAGCUGCUCGACCUCCUCCUAUACCGCGAACCGCCGCGCUCACAGACGCGCCCGCUGAAUAUCAUCACGCUCCUGCAUUUCAUUAAGAUCAACGUGUGGCAGCACCUAUUCGGGCGAGCAGCCGACGGCCUGGAGAAGUCGUCGGACCCGUCCAAGCCCGACGAGUACAUGAUCAUCGACAAUGAGCCGCUGGUCAAUCGCUACAUCAGCGUACCCAAGGACAUGAGCCAGCUCAACUGCGCGGCGUACGUGGCGGGCAUCGUCGAGGGCGUGUGCGAUGGCUCGGCAUUCCCGGCGCGCGUCACGGCGCACAGCGUCGGUAAGCAGGAGGAGGGCGAGAUGUGGCCUGGGCGGACAGUCUUUUUGGUUAAGUUCGCACCGGAGGUUAUGGAAAGGGAGGGGUAUUUGGGGAAAGGCUAA